CAACAGCCUUGGGCAGCGAGAACACAUGGGAGCAGCUGCAAGUAAACAGUCAGCAGUCAUAAGACCGUAGUGAAGUCACUGAAGGUGGUGCCGGACAGGAACUGACACUUGCCAGCUUGAAGCUGUGAGGCGACGGCAAGAAGGAGAGAGCUGUAUAGACAUAGCUACAUGAAGACCAGGCAGUGCCAGAUCUGACAAAGGUUGAAGAUAUGGCUUAUGUAAAAAGUGGCUGGCUUCUACGGCAAAGUAGCAUUUUGAAAAGAUGGAAGAAGAACUGGUUUGACUUAUGGUCGAAUGGAUACUUGGUAUAUUAUAGCGGUGAGGACCGAGAAGACAUGGAAGAUAGAAUCCUCAUGCAGUUAGACUGCAUCGCUAUCCGCACGGGAAAUGACUGCAAAGACGUGCAUUUACCAGAGGGAAAGUCCAAGGACUGUUGUCUGCAGAUUAUUUGCCAUGAAGGAAAAGUCAUAAAUCUCAUUGCAGAAAGUGUGGAUGACUGCGUGGCCUGGGAAACCGCUCUCCAGGAUGCCAAAACUAAAACACACAUUCUGCCUCCACCUCUACUCUACGAUGAAGGUGUUCUUGGUCCUGCUCCUCCAUACAGCCAGUUUGAUGCCCCUCCACCAUACGGAUAUGAGCAGUAUCCUGGGGGCUAUCCAGUUCAGGGAUCCCAAGUUGUGUAUACAAGAGACGGACAGACAUAUACUUCUUACCCGUAUCCCCCACAAGGACCAGGAACUACUAACCACAUCAUCAUCAGAGAGAGAUACUACGACAAUGACGGAGACAUGGCUAUGGGAAUGUUGGCUGGAGCAGCUACAGGGAUGGCUCUCGGGUCCCUCUUCUGGGGAUUUUAGAUACAAUAUUCAUCUCAAAACUUUAAUUUAUUGAAUUUUACAAUUGUAUUGCUUGCUAAUCUAGGUGUUUAGACAGAAAGACUAAUGUACUAGCGCUGGUAAUAAUAUGUUGUGACAGCUUUACAAAUGAUCAAUAUUCAGGCAGACAAUGCGGUAGAAUUACAGGAAGGGAUUGUUUUGUAUCAUGGAGAUCAUUGUAGCUUGUAUUGUGACUUAUUGCUUUAUAAAUGAUACUUUUAUUACUUCAGGCACAGUAGAUUGAAAGGCUAAAAUUAGGUCCCUCCUAUCUAGAACGUCAGAUGAAUAUAUAGCAAUGAUGACUUACCCGGAUUUUUCGUCAUAUAAGACGCUCCGGCAUAUAAGACGCACCCAAUUUUAGAGGAUAAAAAUCCAGAAAAUAAAGAUUCUGAACCAAAUACAAUGUAAAGUAUAGGACAGUGAUCUUCAACCUGCGGACCUUCAGA